AUGGAACUAUAUCCCGGCUUCUUCAAUUACACCAAAACUGAAAUUACCUCUCAGAAUCCUAAUUCCCAAAAUAAAUCUCGCGGCAACUAUGGGAUAAUUCGACUAGAAUGUCGACUCCAUGGCGUCCUCCAAGCUCUAUGGAAUCACCCAACCGGCCCCAAAACCAUUCACUUUUGGGCACCAACCUUUAAAUGGGGCAUUAGCAUAGCCAAUGUAGCUGAUUUCACCAAGCCACAAGAAAAACUUUCCUACCCGCAGCAAAUAGCGGUUACUUGCACAGGAGUUAUCUGGUCACGCUACAGCACUGUAAUCACUCCUAAAAACUGGAACCUCUUUAGUGUAAGCAUUGUUAUGGCUGGAACAGGCUUAUACCAACUAGCUCGAAAAGUACAACACAAUUUCCUUUCAGAGGCGAAGGCAAAGCCAGCUAACGUAAAUGAAUGAAGACUGAAUCUU